AUGAAAUCGUUUAAAGUUUCGAGUGGCAUAAUGGAUAUCAUUAAAAAUUAAUCGAAGGAUGUGAAAUCCUCCUAAAUGAUAGUGGACAAAGUGAAUGAGAUUCAUAGUGGAAUUGAUGAAAAUAAUCUGAAAUUAGUAAAUCAACAUCUCAUAAACCAUUUUCAAUUGAAGCCAAUAGUCAGUGCAAUAGAAUAGCCAAAUAAUCCUUUGCAAAAAAUACGGAAUCGUUCCAAACCCAAAUUUUAAUCAUUGUUGCAUUCUUAAAUUAGUUAAGAGGUUGAGUCAGUCCAAAAUUCAUACUAAUAUACAGAACUACUUAGUGAGAAGGACAAAGAGAUAAAUUAUUACAAGAAUCAUAUCUAACAACUGACAGAAGAAUUGUAAAAAUUAACUGAAUUGUUUGAAACAGUUAGAAAUGAAAAUUAAUCUCUUAAAAAUUAAGUUGAUCAAACUCAAAAUUAUCAACUGAUCAUAUCUAAUCAACAGAAACAGAUUUUGAAAUUGCAACAAGACAAUGUAGAAUUAGAAAUGAUUUUGAAGAACACUCUUUUGCAACAGGAGAGACAGAAAUUUUAAUCGUAAUCUUCAAAACAAUCAAUAAUCAUUAAGAAAAACUCAUUAAAUGGACAGAAAUUAAAGUUGUCUAAUAACCUGAGUUUAAGUGAACAAAUGAACAAUUCAAACAUGAGUACAAGUUUCAUCUCCUGUCCAGACAAUUACAAUCAAAAAUAAAAAAGUCACAGAGCCAACGAAAGAGUGAAAACUAAUUAAACGGUUCCGACUCUUCCGGAUUCUAAAAUCUAUUCGAAUGAUCAAUAUUAUGUGUAGAGAUAAGGCAAGGAAAAUAUCAAGAUGAGAUAUUGA